UGCCCAAGUCCGCCACUUUCUGCUCUGUGUCUGCCCAUUGCCACGAUCCAGGAGGACUCCGCGCCGCCCAGCCGCCUCCGAGCUCGGGCCCCAUGUGAGGGGCCCCCCCUUAUCCCACCUUUCCGGCUAGGCGAGGGCGCGAGCGGGCGAGCGAGCGAGAGUGGUGAGGGGGGACGGAAAAGCAGAAUUACCUGUAGCUCUUGUUCUGCCAUCUCGGGCGCUCUCACACACCUUCACCUGCACAGACUUGAAAGUCCAGUUUCACCAGAGGCUGAGGCUCCAGGAAAAGGGGAGCGAGUUCAUUGGAUCAAACAUGUCACAAGAGUCGGACAAUAACAAACGACUGGUGGCUUUAGUGCCCAUGCCUGGUGACCCUCCGUUCAAUACCCGAAGAGCCUACACCAGUGAGGAUGAAGCCUGGAAGUCAUACUUGGAGAAUCCCCUGACGGCGGCCACUAAGGCAAUGAUGAGCAUUAAUGGUGACGAGGACAGUGCUGCUGCUCUUGGCCUCCUGUACGACUACUACAAGGUUCCUCGAGACAAGAGACUGCUGUCUGUAAGCAAAGCAAGUGACAAUCAAGAAGACCAGGAUAAAAGAAACUGUCUUGGCGCCAGUGAAACCCAGAGUAACUUGAGUGGAGAAAACCGAGUCCAGGUCCUAAAGACUGUUCCAGUGAACCUUUCCCUAAAUCAAGACCACCUGGUGAAUCCAAAACGGGAGCAGUACAGCACCAGCGUCCCCGAGAGCCCAGCCGUCGUGCCCGUGUCGGGAAUCACGGUGGUGAAGGCUGAGGAGUUCACCCCGGUGUUCAUGGCGCCGCCGGUGCACUACGCCCGAGGAGACGGCGAGGAGCACCGCGUGGUCGUCUUUGAGCAGACUCAGUAUGACGUGCCCGCCAUGGCCGCCCACAGCACCUAUCUCAAGGACGACCAGCGCAGCACCCCCGACAGCACUUACAGCGAGAACUUCAAGGACGGGACCACCGAGAAAUUUCGGAGUGCUUCAGUUGGGGCUGAGGAGUACAUGUAUGACCAGACAUCAAGUGGUACAUUUCAGUACACCCUGGAAGCCACCAAAUCUCUCCGUCAGAAGCAGGGGGAGGGCCCCAUGACCUACCUCAACAAAGGACAGUUCUAUGCCAUAACGCUCAGCGAGACUGGAGACAACAAAUGCUUCAGACACCCAAUCAGCAAAGUUAGGAGCGUGGUGAUGGUGGUCUUUAGUGAAGACAAGAACCGGGACGAGCAGCUGAAAUACUGGAAGUACUGGCACUCCCGGCAGCACACGGCAAAGCAGAGGGUCCUCGACAUCGCUGAUUAUAAGGAAAGCUUUAAUACGAUUGGAAACAUUGAAGAGAUUGCAUAUAAUGCCGUCUCCUUCACCUGGGAUGUGAAUGAAGAGGCAAAGAUUUUCAUCACUGUGAAUUGCCUGAGCACAGAUUUCUCCUCCCAGAAAGGGGUGAAAGGACUGCCUUUGAUGAUUCAGAUUGACACAUACAGUUAUAAUAAUCGUAGCAAUAAACCCAUUCAUAGAGCUUAUUGCCAGAUCAAGGUCUUCUGUGACAAGGGAGCAGAAAGAAAAAUCCGAGAUGAAGAGAGGAAGCAGAACAGGAAGAAAGGGAAAGGCCAGGCCUCGCAAACCCAGUGCAACAACUCUUCUGAUGGGAAGUUGGCUGCAAUACCUUUACAGAAGAAGAGUGACAUCACCUACUUCAAAACGAUGCCAGAUCUGCACUCGCAGCCUGUUCUCUUCAUACCCGAUGUUCACUUUGCAAACCUUCAGAGGACAGGACAGGUGUAUUACAACACAGAUGAUGAACGAGAAGGGAGCAGUAUCCUUGUUAAACGGAUGUUCAGGCCCAUGGAAGAAGAAUUUGGCCCAGCACCUUCUAAGCAGAUCAAAGAAGAAGGGAUAAAGCGAGUGCUCUUGUACGUGAGGAAGGAGACCGACGACGUGUUUGAUGCUUUGAUGUUGAAAUCUCCCACAGUGAAGGGCCUUAUGGAGGCGAUAUCUGAGAAAUAUGGGUUGCCAGUGGAGAAGAUUGCAAAACUUUACAAGAAAAGCAAAAAAGGCAUCUUGGUGAACAUGGACGACAACAUCAUCGAGCACUACUCCAACGAGGAUACCUUCAUCCUCAACAUGGAGAGCAUGAUGGAAGGCUUCAAGAUUACGCUCAUGGAAAUCUGAGCCACCGUCCCGCAUCCCCGCUGCAGGAGCUCUCAGCCAGCCCCCGGAGAGACAGAGGCCCUGGCCCCAGACACGCAGACCCAUGUCACCCAUCUCUCAACUGCUGUUACAAGACUGCGCUGGGGAGUGGGGCAAGGAACAAAGCCCCUUCGUUGUCGGUAUAUUUAGCCCACCCACCGUGGGGCUGCCGGGGAGCUGAAGCCCGAGCCCCUCGGGUAGUUGCCUUGGGCCUGUCGGAUCCUUAUUUAUUGCCCGCCUUUUCCCAGAGCCCGAGGUCCAGGCCUGCCAGGAUUCUGCAGGUCUCUGCUGGCUCCAGAUGAGACCCUCAAGAGCCCCCCACCCCUCCGCUUCAAGGGAAAUGCAGCCAAUCCAUUCCUCCCAAGGAGCUUGAAAAGUUCUUGUUUCUUCUUCCUCACCUCUUUGCAUCUCCUGAGUGUCUGGACAAAACUUAGCUACUUCUUGGUGCAGGAGUCACAGGUGGGGUGAGACGGGGGUGCCUCCUUUAUCAGCAAACCCCUUCAGUUGCUCUGGGGAAGGGUGUCUUGCUCAGUACCUCCAGGGGUUCCCAGCGAGGGGCCACGCUGACUUGUACAGGAAGACAUUGAGCUGCAGUGUAAUUAGUAAGUAACAAAGCAAGUGUGACUGGCUCUUGUGUACAUAGUGUUUAUAAUAAUGCAAUAAUAUAUUUGAUCUAUGGCAUGUGGGCAUGUUUACUGCCACCAGCCUAGGGAAGGCACAUGCCUUUAGACUCUGCUUUCGCUUUCUACAAGAGGUGUUGGCCUCAGCACCUGUUCAGGAGGUGUGCUGGGCUAGGGGAGUGGCAUUUGGGGUGUCAGGUGACCGUGGUGUGUGCCAAGACAGACGCUCCAGUGGGCAUGCCCUGGGACUUGGUCCCUGUCCCCAGGGGGAGCCCUCCUUUCUCCAUGACCAUGACUUGCCCUCAAGGCCACCGCAUGUGCCUCUUGGUGAUGUGCUUUGCUUGACAAUUCCUUUGAGCUAUCUCGUGAGAAAGGUCAUACUGUCUGUGGCCCUGCUGCAGAACUCCUUGGCAGUGAUGAGAAUCCUGGACACUGCAUGGUGCCUAACAGUUUACAAGCACGUCCUUCAUCUCACAUGGCCCCUGUAGCCCAAAUGCAGCUCCAAGAGUGGCGCCAACAGCUCGGCUCUGGAUCGGCAGGCCUCAGCGGCUGGCAGGCCUCAGCUUCUCCCGGGCCUGUCAGAGACGCCCAGGAGGGAGGGAUUGGCUGCCUCUGCCCCUGGGCGCGGGAUGCUGAACGAGCCAGCGAGUGAGAAUGGCCCAGGAGCCCCGGCUCUUCUGGAACUAGCCUCAGAAGGUAAACUGAAGAGACAAGUCUGGUAUGCCUGCUCCAUGCCCCAGGAAGUGAAGAAACGCUUCCCUGAACAAAGAUAAAAUGAACCACGUGGGCUGCUGUUCUCUUUAAGAGGGCAGGUUCGUGUUCACCCUUGAGGGUUGAAGCACUGGCUAGUUGGUAGCCUGACACAUCCUCCCGCCCCAAGCGCUGGAUCUUGGGUGGGUUCUAGGGAGGGCCCAGAUUUGUUUGCAAAGCACUUUGACGUCUUAGCUGGAGGCUCCCGCUCUCAGGGCUCCCUGCCCCUCCACCUCGCCUGCCCCUGAGGCCCACAGCAGGACUGACAGGCUGCUUCUCCUUGCUAUGCAGACGAAUUCACUGGAGAGGAGAGCAGGUGCUUUGCCCAAGAAGGUCUCUGGUUGGUGGCUGGGAGCACCUUUCAGUGUUUCCUCUGGACAGUCCUCCCUCCCAAAGCAUCUUGGAAUCAGCUCUGCUCCAGUCUGUCCCUCCUCUGCUCUGUGACUGCCAUGCCCUGGACUGGCAGCUUGGGUGCCAUCCUGCGUCCUAAAGGGGCUUGGCUCUAAGAAGGGUAAAUUCAGUGUUGGAAAUAACAUGCUAUGCUAGGCACUUCCCAUGCUCCUUCAGUUAGAAAUGGUUGCAAACGUUGGUUAGACGUGAUGGUAAAUAUGAUUAGGGUGGGGCAUAGGAGCCCAGGGGAGGGAACACAAACAAAACUUUGGGUAGCCUGGCAUGUGCUACCAACUCCUGUCUCUCUGGCCUCUUUGGAAAAUUGUUUGCUGGGCCUGCCCUAAGGCAGAGGAUAAAUCUGAGGAGGUUUUGUGUUUGUCUUAAGUCCUGGAGCAAUCACUGUGGUGACCAUUGCCAGCUGAAAGCAGGGGAGGCCAGUGCCGCCAAAGGGCCCCCUCUGCAGCCUCGGGGCUUCCCCGGUUACUGUCGUGUGUCCUUCACUGUGGGAUAUGUUAGCAGAAAUUAGAUCAAUCCUCUCGUGCAACAUUUCCCGGGCAACAACACUCCAGAAAGACAGGAAAACUUGCCUCCUCUGUCUGUUUUGUCCCUUAAACUAGUUACACUCAAAUAAGCUUUUUUUUUUUUUUUAGCCGUGAAAGCUGGGGGACACGUGAAGCAAGUGUUUCUCUUUUAUAUCCUCAAAUUGUUUUAGACUUUACAGGUGUUUGGAAAUUGAGACUCCCUGAAAAAGUUCAGCUGUCAUCUCUUGGA